AUGCACAAGAAGCAAACUAGAUCAAAGCAAAAGCAGAUGGUUAAGGAUAUGGACAUGGCAGGGGAUAGGAGAGAAGAUGUUGUGAUUGUGGGUGGUGGGAUUUCCGGCCUCGCCACUGCUCUUGCUCUUUACAGAAAGGGCAUAAGAAGCUUGGUCCUAGAAAAAUCAAAGACUUUACAAGCCACCGGAGGUAUCAUUGUGCAUUCUAAUGGUUGGCGUGCCCUUGAACAGCUCGGUGUAGCCUCAUAUCUUAGACAAACUGCUGAUCCUAUACUAUCGGGACAAUUCUCUUCACUUGAUAAUGGUAAGCAGGAAGAAAUUCCCAUUUGGAAAGAAGAAAUGCGAUGUGUAAGAAGGACCGAUCUGGUUAAUAUUUUGGCUCAAAAUCUGCCACUCGAAACUGUACGUUAUGGCUGCAACGUACUUUCGAUUGAGUUGGAUCCUGUAACAUCUUAUCCAGUUCUUCAACUUCAAAAUGGAACUACAUUGAACGCCAAGGUUGUGAUCGGAUGUGACGGAGUGAACUCCAAGAUAACAAAUCUGACUGGGGCGAAGGCGCCAAAUAGACUCAAUGUAAUUGGAGUAAGAAGCUUUACAAUUUAUCCAAAUGGCCACAAAUUCGGCAGUGAGUUUAAGAUGAUAAGAAAAGGUGAUGUUACGGUCGGAGUAAUACCCAUGACCACCAACCAGGUUCAUUGGUUCAUCACUAGAAAAUAUCUUUCACAAGAAGGUUUCAAGAUCUCCAAAAGUCCGAAAUUGAUUAUGAACUUCUCAACUGAGUCAGUGAAGGAUUUUCCUAGUAGCGUUAAAGAGAUGGUCAACAAUUGCUGGCUCGAGUGUUUACAUUUCUCAGAGUACAUCAAAUAUCGAUCACCAUGGAACAUACUAUGUACACACUUUCGGGUAGGAACAGUGACAGUUGCAGGAGAUGCCUUGCAUGCAAUGACUCCGUUCAUUGCUCAGGGUGGCUCAGCCGCUUUGGAAGACGCAGUUGUCCUUGCUAGGUGCUUCGCACGAAAGGCUGUCGUCGGUGGUCCAGGUGAAAUAGGAAGCAAACUUAUGGUAGAGAAAGCAUUUGAUGAAUACCUAAAAGAGCGGAAAACACGACUUCUAAGACUUACUUUCGAAUCGACCCUACUCGGAAAGAUGGAAGAAACUUCAUCAAAGCUCAUCAAGCUCUUAUGUAUUGUGCUCAUGGUGGUCCUAUUUCGCGACUUGUUUGCUCACACUCGCUAUGACUGUGGCAAACUCUAAAAUAAUUACGUGUUUAAUUAGGAAAUGAUCAAUUAAGUAUGCCUAUUUUUUAUGUCUUUUAAGUAUUUGGGUAAAGCUAUGGUAGGUUAACA